AUGAGUACUGUAUCAGAGCGCAUAUCAUCGUUAAAACCAGAUGAAAGAUUUGUUUCAUUUGAAUUCUUCCCACCAAAGACCGAUUCGGGGUUUAGAAAUUUACUAGCCAGAUUGAAUCGUAUGCUGGCUUUCAAUCCAUUAUUCAUCACAAUUACUUGGGGAGCAGGUGGUUCCACUAGUGAAAAGUCUUUGGAUUUAGCAGCUACUUGUCAAAAAGAAGUAGGUAUAACCACAGUGUUGCACUUGACAUGUACAAAUACCAACAAGGAAAUUAUCGAUGAAGCAUUGGCUCGUGCUAAAGCCAAUGGCAUAAGAAAUAUAUUGGCGUUAAGAGGUGAUCCACCAAGAGCAGAAGAAUACUGGACUCCAAAUUGUGAUUUCAAUGGGGCAGUUGAUUUAGUGAGAUAUAUCAGACAACAAUAUGGUGAUUAUUUCUGUAUUGGUGUGGCAGCUUACCCUGAGGGACAUGUUGAUGGUGCCGACAUUUCAGGACAAGAUCCAAAGAAAGAUAUCCCAUUCUUGAUCGAAAAGGUUAAAGCUGGUGGUGACUUUAUUGUGACUCAAUUAUUUUAUGAUGUUGAUAAGUUUAUCGCUUUUGAAAAGUUGAUUCAAGAGCACGACGAAUUGAAGAAUAUUCCUUUGAUUCCUGGGUUAAUGCCAAUUACAACAUACAAAGUCUUCAAUAGAGCAGCCAAGUUAUCCCAUGCAACUAUCCCUAGAGAAAUAUCUCAACAAGUUGAUAAAGUUAGUCACGAUGAUGAUGCUGUUAAAGCUCUUGGGGUUGAAAUCUUAAGUAAUAUAAUCGACAGAAUUGACAAAGAGACAAAUAUCAAAGGUUAUCAUUUCUAUACCUUGAAUUUAGAAAAAGCUGUUGCCUCCAUAUUGGAUAAGUCUGAUGUCUUGAGACCUAUUUUAGAAGGCCCAUCUACUGUCAUGGAACACGAUGAUGCAAUUGCUUCAGAUUCUGAUGAUGACGAGGAUAUGAAUACCGGACAAGCUGUUAGUGUCACCCGUAGAAGAUCAUCUAUAAAUGACAAUAGUUUGAUGGGAAGUAAAGCUCUUAUUGGAAAGGCAUUAUUGAAGGAUAAGAAAACUCUUGUUGAUAUCAGUACUGGUAAAGGUGCUCUUGGGAAAGAUGCCACUUGGGAUGAUUUCCCUAAUGGUAGAUUUGGUGACUCCAAUUCUCCAGCGUAUGGUGAAAUUGAUGGUUAUGGUCCAACUUUAAAGAUUCAUUCUCCUGCUGAAGCUGAAAUCAAAUGGGGUUCUCCAGAAACCACAAAAGACUUAGCACAGAUCUUCAUUGAUUAUUUGUCGGGUAAAAUUGACGUUAUUCCAUGGGCUGAUCAAGCCUUAUCUCCAGAAACAGCAUUGAUUCAAGAAGAAUUAUUCCAAUUAAAUGAAAAGGGAUGGUUUUCAGUGGCUUCUCAACCAGCUGCCAAUGCUUGCAAAUCAACUGACAAUAUCUUUGGAUGGGGUCCACGUAAUGGGGUGGUGUAUCAAAAGGCAUUUGUUGAAUUAUUUAUGCCAAAAGACGAUUGGAAUAAAUUGAAGCCAUUGGUUGAAGCAUCUGAUUCAAUAACUUACUAUGCUGCUGAUAAAACCAACAAAAUUGAAGCUAAGGUGCCGGCUGGCCAUGAUAUUAAAUUAACAAAGAAUGCAGUUACAUGGGGCGUUUUCCCACUGAAAGAAGUACUUCAACCAACAGUAAUUGAUUACGAAUCAUUCAAGGCAUGGAAUGAAGAGUCCUUUUUAUUAUGGCUCGAGUGGUCAAGAUGUUACAAGAAAAAUUCAAAAUCUUUUGAAUUGUUAAAUAAAGUUUAUGAAAAUUAUGUAUUGGUUUGUUUGAUAUAUCAUGACUUCCCAGAAGAACAUGGAUUGUGGGAUUUUUUACUUGACGAAUAG